GCCACCUGCGACAGGUGGAGCGCGCGGCGACAGGCACUCUGCCAUGUCCUCGGAGGGCGCGGGGCCGGGGUUCGGGCCCGGAUCCCAGUCGGGGCUGCUCUGCCCCGAACACGGCCAGCCUCUGAGUUGGUUCUGCUGCUCCGAGCGGCGGCUUGUGUGUGCCGCCUGCGCGGAGCUGGGCGGCCGCUGCCGGGGGCACCGCAUCCGCCGGGCCGAGGAGCGCGCCGAGGAGAUGCGGAACAAGAUUGUGGACCAGUGUGAAAGGCUGCAGUCGCAGAGUGCCUGCAUCACCAAGUAUGUGGCAGAGGUCCUGACAGGAAAGAACCAGAGAGCAGUGAGCAUGGCCAGCGCAGCACGAGAACUGGUCAUUCAGCGGCUGAGUCUGAUACGAAGUCUGUGUGAGAGCGAGGAGCAGAGGUUGCUGGAACAGGUGCACGGUGAAGAGGAGCGGGUCCACCAGAGUAUCCUGACACAGCGGGUGCACUGGGCUGAGGUGCUGCAGAAGCUUGACACCAUUCGCACUAGCCUGGUGGGCAUGCUUACUCAUCUGGAUGACCUCCAGCUGAUUGUAAGUCUGGCAUGGCAGAAGGAGCAGGAGGUUUUCGAGAGGACCGAGGAAGCAGAGGGCAUUUUGGAUCCACAGGAGUCAGAGAAGUUAAACUUUAACGAGAAGUGCACUUGGAGUCCACUACUGACCCAACUCUGGGCAACGGCAGUUCUUGGGUCCUUCUCAGGCAUGGAAGAUGUGCGUAUUGAUGAAAGGACUGUCAGCCCUUUCUUGGAACUGUCAGAUGAUCGAAGGACCCUGACCUUCAGUGCCAAGAAGUCCAAGUCCUGUGCAGAUGGCCCAGAGCGCUUUGACCACUGGCCCAAUGCCCUGGCUACCACCUCCUUCCAGUCUGGGCUGCACACCUGGAUGGUGAACGUCCAGAACAGCUGUGCCUAUAAGGUGGGCGUGGCCACAGGCCAGCUGCCCCGCAAGGGUUCUGGCAGUGACUCCCGUCUGGGCUACAACACCUUCUCCUGGGUCUUCUCCCGCUACGACCAGGAUUUCUGUUUCUCUCACAAUGGGCAGCACGAGUCCCUGGGGCUACUGCGUUGCCCAGCACGACUGGGCGUGCUGCUGGACUUGCAGGCACAAGAGCUGCUAUUCUACGAGCCAUCCUCAGGCACGGUGCUCCACACCCAUCACACCCCCUUCCCUGGGCCCCUCUUUCCAGUCUUUGCUGUGGCUGACCAGAGCAUUUCCAUCACCUGCUGACCUUUAGCCACAGCGAGGGCAGGUCCACCUCCCCCAAACCCUUUCAGGCCACAUUUCUACCCAGUAUCCUUUUCCCAAAUGUGUGCGGCAUUUCUAAGGGAAAAUAAGGCCUUGCCUGUUGGGCAGCUUUAGGAGAGGUGGGGCCCAUUUCAGAUCUGGGCACAGCCU